UCUCACGACAGGUUUUGUGCAAUAGUAGGUAGUGAAGAUAUUUUUAUUCUCCGAGUAAUCAUUUUUUUCAAUUGAAUAAAUAUCUGUUGUUCCCUUUGUUUCUCUUGUCUUAAUUUUCAUUUCUUCAUUCAUUCAUAUGAAAUAUCCAUCUUAAUUAAAUACUGAGGUCACCAUUGUUAAGGAUCUAGACUAGUUGAAGUCUGAUAAGCUCAUCUCUCCAUACCUCGAGAACUAUAAACACAAUUACAACCACAACCACAACCACAACCACAACUAUCAAUUGAGAGAAACCACAAAAUCACAGCCAUGAAUGAGGCGGAUCGAGAACUAGUGCGCGCUGAGCAUGAUGCUUCACCAGAACGAUUUUCCGUCGAAUCACCAAUUCAUUCCCCUGUACCUCGCCACCCCUCCCACGAAAUUGAACGUAUUCCAACCGCAUCCUCUAUCUCGACCACUUCAUCCGAUGCAUCCUCACGUCGUCCUACAAUUUCUCGAGCUCCCACUCAACGCGAUUUAGAAACUCAUCCAACUGUGAUAUCUCGGAUUCAAACUGCACGUUCGCAACAUUCAGGGACCGUAGGAAGAAGUGUUUCUAAGAAGAGUAGUAAGAUUGGAAGGAUAUUCAGUACAAAAGAGAAGCCAUUACCUUCGAUGGGAUUAGGAAAGGAUUAUCCACCUGCAUUGCCUGCUCGAGAGGAAUACGUAGUGGAGUUUGAUGGUCCGGAUGAUCCACUGCAUGCGGUUAAUUGGCCGAUGAGGAAGAAGUGAGUAGUUCCUAGUACUUCAAUGAGAACAAACCUAAUGACUUUUCAAUAGGAUCCUCACAGCAGUAAUGUUAGGAUAUACAACAUUAGUAUCAGCAUUUACAUCGAGCAUUUUUUCAACAGCUACUAGAGUGGUAGCUGCACAAUACAAUGUUUCAACUGAAGUUGGAAUAUUAGGAUUAUCGUUUUAUGUUUUAGGGUUCGCUUUUGGACCUAUUUUAUGGGCUCCAUUAUCAGAAUUGAAGGGAAGAAGGUUACCAAUUGUUCUAUCUAUGUUUGGAUUUUCUGUCUUUCAGGUUGCAGUUGCUGCUGCGAAGGAUUUACAAACAAUUUUGAUUUGUAGAUUUUGGGGAGGUAUGUAUACCUUUUUUCGCUUGAUAAUUUGGCAUAUUCUAAUUCAUUUGAUGAUUAGGUAUUUUUGGUGCAGCCCCUUUAGCAGUUGUUGCUGCGGUUUUUUCGGAUAUGUUCGAUAAUAAAACGAGAGGACUUGCUAUUACUGUCUUUUCCAUGACCGUCUUUACUGGUCCACUUCUCGCCCCUUUUAUUGGUGGAUUCAUAGUAGAAUCUCAUCUCGGAUGGCGCUGGACUGAAUGGUUAGCUGCUAUAAUGGGUUUCACGGCAUUCAUCUUGGAUUUCCUCUUCCUUUCCGAAACAUAUCCACCAAUUAUCUUGAUCGAAAAAGCAGCAGAACUCAGAAGAAGAACAAAGAAUUGGGGAAUUCACGCUAAACAAGAAGAAAUUGAGAUCGAUUUCCGUGAAUUAAUCACUAAGAAUUUCUCUCGUCCUCUAAGACUUUUAGCUACGGAACCUAUCGUUCUUCUUCUUUCUAUCUACAUGGCAUUUAUCUACGGUCUCCUUUAUCUAUUUCUCACAGCUUAUCCAAUCGUCUUUCAACAAAUCCAUGGUUUUACUGGUGGUGUAGGUGGUCUUCCAUACUUUGGUAUGAUCAUUGGAAUGAUAAUCGCCGGUAUUUAUGUCGCUUCAACUCAACCAUCAUAUAAUCGAAAACUCGCAGCAAAUAACGGUAUCCCAAUUCCUGAAUGGCGUCUUCCACCCGUGAUCGCAGGAGGUAUAAGUUUCGCAGCGGGGCUUUUUUGGUUUGGUUGGUCAGGUUAUAGAGCUGAUAUUCAUUGGAUUGUUCCUACACUUUCUGGCCUUUUAACAGGUUUUGGACUUUUGGCAAUUUUUCUUCAAAGUCUUAAUUAUCUUGUCGAUGCAUAUCUUAUGUUUGCUGCUUCAGCUAUUGCAGCAAAUACAUUCUUGAGAUCAUUGGCAGGAGCUGGAUUUCCUCUAUUCUCACAAUAUAUGUUUAAGUCUUUGGGAAUUAAUUGGGCGGGUACAUUAUUGGGUUGUGUAGCAUUAGUGUUGGUACCGAUACCAGUUUGUUUUUAUAUUUAUGGGGAGAGGAUUAGGAGAAAGAGUAAAUUUGCACCGGUUUUUCCGGUACAGCAGAGACCAAGGGAUGAAGAGGAGGCAGGGAGUGAAAGUGUGAGUGGGAAUGGGGAAGUUGAUAGGGAUGUUAAUGGAAGGGAGAAGGGUGAGGAGGUUAGGAUUUGAUGUGAGCGGGAAAUGGGCAUGAAGUUGACGGAUUAUGAUUUCACGAAUGAGAGGUGGUAGACACUUUCAGCCUGGGCAGAUGUUAAUAUUUUAUAAUGGGUUAAAAGGAUGAAUGAUGGGUGAUGGAAAGAAGAGAGAUAAAGUUCAUACAGAAGGGAUGAAAUAAUAUUUAGACGGGAAGAGGAAAACCUAAAAGGGGAAAAGGAAAUAAGCGAUAUCCAAGGAGUUUUUGAGGGAAACAAGAAAACAAAUACUUGUUUUUUAUGAAAUAAGAUAUUGUAUUAUAUAAAAUAAAAUGAGAGAAGGUUGAUGAAUGAAAUAUAUAUA